AUGGAAAAUAUAAAUUAUGAUAAUGUUUUACAACAAUUACCGUCAAAUAAAAUAUAUGAAGAAUUUAAUUCUGAGGUCACAGAGAUAGAUAAUAAUUUAAGUUGUGAUAAAUUUGAUUCAAUAAAAGAGGAAUAUAAACUUAGUUGUGUUAAUCUUUGUAAAAAAGUUGCACGAAAUUUAAAUAAUUUGACUAAAACGGAUAAAUUAUGGAGCUAUGAUGUCCGUUGUUCACAUUAUAAAUACUGGGUAUAUGAAGGAAUAAGGAAAUUGUUUAUAGGAGAUUCUCCAGAAGAAGAUAUAAAAGAUGUUAUUACUAAAUUUCUUAAUCUACAAUCAUCCCUAACCGAAGAUUAUAGGGUAUUAAAUUGUACUUAUAAUUUCGAUGAAAAAACGUUACAGGAAUUGAAUGAUAAAAAAGAUGAGAAAUAUUUGUAUGAUUAUUUUACAAAUUAUGAGAAUAUUAAAAGUAAAGAUUUUUGUAUUUCUUUUGAGAAUGAUAUAUAUAAAAAUUACCUUAAUGUUAUUAGUAAAUUAUAUAAUGUAAAAAAGAGUAAGUGUUGUGAGAAAAAUUUACUGAAAUGUCCUAACUAUUUUUUGAAUUGUGACGAUGAGUUCGAUCCAAGUAAUCUCUUAUCUAAAUUAGAAUCCUCAAGUGAGGGAAAAUGUAAUGGACUAGAAAGUUUUUUGGAAAAUAAGGCCUCUGAAGAAAUAUUAGUAUCUAACAUUUUGGAACCAGAUUUUUUGGAUUCAAUACUUUAUACUGAUUGUAAUAUUAAAAAUAACUCAAAUUUACAGUGUAGUUUUAUUCGAGCGUCUUCCUUGGCACAUAGAAAUAAGAAUGCAUUUGAAUACAAUGAACAGAGAAGUGGUGAAAGAUCUUCAGAAGAGAAAAAAUCUUCAUCAAGGGAAAAUUCAGAACAUGCGGCACUACAUGAAGAAAUUAGAAAAAUAGUGGGUAUUAGUUCAGAAACAUUAAGUAAUUUGGAUAUUCCAAAAAAAGAAAAAGAAGUUGAUCUUAGAUGGAAUAUAAACAAGGAUGGAACACUACGUUGUACUUCUGAGAUCCUAGAGAAAGAUACAUCAGGACCUUGUACAUAUAUGGAAGAAUUGGCUAAAAAAGGUAUUUUUAUAAAAUUAGAGAAUUCUUUGGGUUACCGAUUAAUGAAGGGGAAGACGUGGCCUCCCGAAGUAUUAAAAAUAGUUAUUAAAAAAAAAAACCAAAAUCAAAUGGAGAAAUAUAAAUCGCAAGAAUUAAGAUAUUUAAGACAUGCAUCAGGUGUAAAGUCUGAAUUAUUAAGGAUUUUUAAAUGGAGAAACAGUCCCCCAAAAGAUGUAGAAUAUUAUUUAUUGCAAAACACUUUUGUGCGUAUUUCCCUUGCAGUUACUUUAGUAAUGGGAAUAAUUUUUGUUUUUUUCCUUUAUUUUAAAUUUACUCCCUUUGGAUCAAAUAUAGAUAAAAUUAAAAAAAGGAAAAAAAGAUAUAGGACUAAUUUCGCUGAUUUAAAUGCGCAGAGAUUCACAAGGAAAUUCAUAAAACGUACUUAUAGAAAUUCUAACAGGAGGAGAUUUAGUGUAGUAAAUAUAGAACUAUGA